AUGAAAAGUAAAAGUCACCGCAAUGAUGGUUCUGCUAUGCGAGAUAUAAUUAGCCCGCCUAAUGGCUUCAGAGGAACACUAGAACGAAAAGGCAUCACUCCAAAAAACCACGAAAAAGACAAUAAAAAUCUUAUUAAAGAAAUUCAAAAAAUCUUAAAAACCCAGCCUACAAUCGAGCCUCCCAAAAAUCUAACUGCUAAUAAAUUCGAAAACGUCCAAUCAAAAGUUACCACAAGAGGAGAAACUCCAAAAAUUGACCAAGUCAAAAGCCUAGACUAUAUAAAAACCAACAUUCAGCGGAUUCCUACAAUAAAAGGCAAAAAAUUUGAGCCAAUCCCCAACAUUGAUUUUCGGACAAUUUAUGUAGACCACUGUAAAACUCCAGAAUAUAUAGGAACAAUAAAAGAAGAACUUAAAACCACAAAAGCACAAGCGUAAGAAUUUAUUUAGAGACUAUGAGCUAUCAAAAUUAACGUGGCCAAAAGGAACAAUUUUGGUACCUGAAAAUGAUAGACAAGCUCAUCUCCAAGAAUUAUAUGAGAAAAGAGAUAGCUUUUUGGCUUUAUUGAAUAGACUGCCGUUUACAUCAAAUACUGAAGCAGUUAGAAUGAAGAAAGGGAAGAUAGAAGAGAAACUUAAAGAAGUUGAAAGAGAAAUAUCGACUUAUUCUUUACCAAAAGUAUUUAUAAUGAUUUAUAUUAUAAUCGACGAGAAGCAUAUAUUAUAAAUAAUUUAUAUAAUUUAAUAAUUUUAAGCAUAUUCCCAAACAAUAA